GUCAACCUGAAGGAGUUUUUUUAACAUUCUCUUGGUCGGUUUUUCUUUUUAGCUUGUAAAAUAAUCUAAGCAGAAGUGAGAAUUUUGAUCUUAUAAUAUUAAUUACAUGGUGAUCAACUAAUCAAUUUGGAAUAAAUUGUAGUAACGGGCUCGCCCGACCCACGGACUUUUGUUUACAUAACACAUCCUAAUAACCACGUGAGCACAGUGUUAUUGCAAAUUUUUGGGGCAGACAGAGGGAGAGAAGUAACUUGGAUAAACAAAACAAAGCGUAGCAGCAAGAAAAUUAUUGAAUAUUGUGUGGGUCACAAGUCUAGUAUGGCUUUGUCCAAACAUGUUCAAGACAUAGAGAAUCUUUUGCAACUCAAUCCAAAAAUAGUAACAAAAGCGAAUUACGUUUCAACGCAAACAACAAAAAAGAACAGAAAAUAUUGGAAAAGAAAUGAUGAUCACGCUUGUAACGACUGUGAAGACUUAACGAAAAAUUUUGAUGAUAUUAAACACACAACACUAAGUGAGCGAGCGGCUCUAAAGGAGGCUUCCAGAUGCUUAAAAUGUGCAGAUGCACCAUGCCAGAAAAGUUGUCCAACUCAGCUUGAUAUUAAAAGUUUUAUUACAAGUAUAUCAAAUAAAAAUUACUAUGGUGCAUCCAAAGCAAUCUUCAGUGACAACCCACUUGGUUUAACUUGCGGCAUGGUAUGUCCAACAAGUGACCUGUGUGUAGGUGGUUGCAACUUAUACGCAUCAGAAGAAGGACCAAUUAACAUUGGUGGUUUGCAGCAGUUUGCUACUGAGGUGUUCAAGAAGAUGAAAAUUCCACAAAUAAGAGAUCCAAAUCUAACUCCAAUCGAUCAACUUCCUGAAUCUUACAAAGCAAAGAUUGCUUUGCUUGGAUGUGGUCCAGCCUCAAUAAGUUGUGCUACGUUCUUGGCACGACUUGGUUAUUCAGAUAUUACAAUAUUUGAAAAAGAAAAGUAUCAAGGUGGACUCAGUUCAGCCGAAAUCCCACAGUAUCGAUUGCCUUAUGAUGUUGUCAAUUUUGAAAUUGAACAGAUGAAAGAUUUAGGUGUGAAAAUUAUACAUGAGAAGCCUCUACAUAAAGAGGGUGUGUCUGUUAAAUCUCUUCGUGAGGAUGGAUACAAAGCAAUAUUUGUUGGAAUAGGUUUGCCACAACCGAAAGUUGCUCCCCAAUUUCAAGAUCUCAGUGUAAGAAAUGGUUUUUACACUUCAAAGGAUUUUCUUCCGCUUGUUUCAAUGGCAAGUAAAGCUGGUGUGUGUGGAUGCAAGUCACAACUUCCGCAACUCUAUGGCAAUGUCAUUGUAUUGGGUGCAGGAGAUACCGCUUUUGAUUGCUGCACAUCUGCUCUCCGUUGUGGUGCUCGUAGAGUCACUGUUAUCUUUCGUAAAGGUUUUACUAACAUUAGAGCAGUGCCAGAAGAAAUGGAAUUGGCACGCGAAGAGCGAUGUGAAUUUUUGCCAUUCAUGUCUCCAAAAAAAGUUCAUAUGAAAGGAGAUCGGGUUUUUGCUAUGGAGUUUCACAAAACUGAGCAGCUUGAAGACGGUACUUGGAUUGAAGAUGCUGAACAGAGCAUGAAAAUCAAAGCCGACUUCAUUAUCUCUGCAUUCGGUUCAACUCUUUCUGAUCCUGAUGUCAUUGCUGCACUCUCUCCAUUAAAAAUGAAUCGUUGGGGCUUACCUGAUAUAAACCCUGAGACGAUGGAGAGCAGCGAAGCUGAUGUGUUCUGUGGAGGAGAUAUUGGAGGUGUGGCAAACACAACGGUGGAGUCUGUAAAUGAUGGAAAGCAUGCGUCAUGGUCAAUACAUCGUCACUUGCAGAAAAUUGCAAAAGUUGACAUACCAGCUGAACCUAGCCUCCCAUUAUUUUGCACCCCUAUUGAUACAGUUGAUCUCAGUGUUGACGUCUGUGGAUUAAAAUUCCCAAAUCCGUUCGGUCUGGCUUCUGCACCACCAACCACAAGCGCAGCUAUGAUGAGACGUGCAUAUGAAGCUGGAUGGGGGUUCGGGUUAACAAAAACAUUUGUAUUGGACAAGGAUUAUAUCACUAACGUUUCACCUCGUAUUGUUCGGGGAAGUACUUCAGGACAUAUGUAUGGACCUGGUCAAGGCUCGUUUCUAAAUAUAGAAUUAGUUAGUGAGAAAUCUGCAGCGUACUGGUGUCAAUGCAUAACAGAACUUGUGAAAGACUUUCCUAACCAGAUUCUGAUUGCUAGCAUUAUGUGUGGGUAUUCAAAAGAAGAUUGGACCGAGCUAGCUCAAAUGACUGAAAAGACAGGAGCGCAUGCGUUGGAAUUGAAUUUGUCCUGCCCACACGGUAUGGGGGAGAAGGGGAUGGGUUUGGCGUGUGGUCAAGAUGCUUCGUUGGUUCGAAAUAUUUGCAAAUGGGUUCGCGCUGCUGUCAAGAUACCAUUUUUUGCAAAGCUUACUCCCAAUGUUACAAACAUUGUCGACAUUGCCACAGCUGCGAAAGAGGGAGGAGCUGAUGGUGUUACAGCAACAAACACUGUCUCAGGCUUGAUGCACUUGAACGUCGAUGGUUCUCCAUGGCCUGGGGUAGGCAAAAGUAAGCGAACAACCUAUGGUGGUGUCUCUGGAAAUGCCAUUCGACCAAUCGCAUUGAGAGCUGUUUCUGCUGUUGCUCGUGCAUUGCCAGGCUUUCCGAUUCUUGCAACUGGUGGGAUUGACUCAGCUGAUUCGGCGCUGCAGUUUUUACAUGCUGGUGCUUCUGUUGUUCAGAUUUGCAGUGCAGUACAAAAUCAAGACUUCACUCUCAUCUCUGAUUACACGACUGGAUUGCAGUGUUUACUUUACAUGUCGUCUUGUGAUGAGUUCUCUGGAUGGAAUGGUCAGAGUGAACCCACGGCUAGACAUCAAAAGGGAAAACCAGUACCAAAAAUUAAUGACAUUGUUGGAAAGGGUUUGCCACAUUUUGGUGAAUUCAAACGAAAGCGAAAAGAACUUAUUGCGGAAAAUAAGAAAAACAGCGAUUUACUUGCAAACGAGUUGAUGCCACAGGAAGUACGGCCAGGUGUGGUGCCUAAGAAAGAAAUUCCAAAAGUUCAGGAUGUAAUCGGGCGUGCAUUAAAACAUAUUGGAACGUAUGGCGAUUUGACGCAUAAAGAGCAAGUUGUCGCUUUGAUUGACGAAGAGAUGUGCAUCAAUUGUGGCAAGUGUUACAUGACGUGCAACGAUUCAGGUUACCAAGCCAUCACAUUCGAUCCGGAUACUCACUUACCGCACAUUACUGACGACUGCACUGGCUGCACUUUGUGUGUGAGCGUGUGUCCAAUCAUUGAUUGCAUAACGAUGGUGGAGAGACCUGAUCCUUAUAAUCCGAAUCGUGGAAUAUCACUAAAACUGAAUGUUUAAUUUUGAAAGCAUCGCCUUUAUGUAACCUCCAUAUAAUCGACCAAAUGUAACAUCCAUAUAAUCCACCAAUUAUUAUAGAUAUGUACACUCAUAAUUUAGGGAAAUGUAAUAAAUUGAUAUAUAUAUUCAAAGUGUUUUGUUUUGGUUCAUAGAAGUUGUAUACGUUAUAAUAAAGCUUGAUUAUUUUUUAUAAUUUCUUCAAGUUCCUAAUUAUUUUACUUCCAAUAAGGAUGAUUCUAAUACUUUGGAAUGCAGUGGAUAAAUUAGACUUUUUUUGUACCAUGACAUAUGCUUAACCUAGAUUUUUAUUACCAUUCCUUUUUUUAAAAAGUUUGCACUUCUAAGAUUUGAUUCAAAGUUCACAGUAUAAACGUCUUUUUUUUUAUAAGAAACACCAUUUCGAGUUCAGCCUCAAUAUUAGAUUGAAAGCAAGUCUCCUGAAAAUUUGCGGUGUGAUACUCCUUUAAAAUGAUUUUCAACACAAGACCUGUUAAUCUGUUCAUAAACCUUUUUAAUUUUUGUUAGCAGUUGACUUUUAACCUAUAAUCUCAGUCUCAGAUUAAAAUAUAUGGUAUGUUACAUAUAAAUACGUUCUGUUUUGGUAUUUACAGUGAUUUUUUCCGUAUUUAUUCUCACCAACCUCUUCACUGCGAUUUCAACUAAGAAAUAUGUCUUGAUUACUUUUUUUUAUUUACGCGCCAUUUUAGUCUCGAUUAUUAUUUUUUGGCAUAACUGUUGUGAUUUUGUUGUGAUUUUUUUAUAGUUUACAAAAUAUGGUUUGAUACACAAUUCAAAUUACACUACUUUGUUUAGUGAAAAUGAACUUCUAGAAGAUGCUCUCACAAGUUUUGCCAACCUCCUCCCUAAACUAUUUUACUGUUCCUGGCAAUUUAAAUUUGCAUAUCCACGUACACCUGGAAAAUAAAAUCAUUGCCUUAAGACGGGUAUUUUUUUGACCGAUUUGAUGGAAUUAUGUUUUAUUCGUUAUUAAAAAACAUUUUUAUUAGUCAACCAAAAACACGUGUUAAACAUCAUGUUUUGCGAGUAUUUUUAAACAAACAUCAGAAAAAAUUAAAUUUUUAUAUCGAAUUUUCCAUCUGUAAUUUUUCUUAGGCUUUUUACAUUCAGGCGGAAUCUAACUUUGUACCCAUGGCCCUUCCUCUUUAUAUCGGAGACAAUGCGAGGUCUUAAGGAUUAGGUUGACUAGAUGUACAUGAAAACUUAAAACUAAUCAUAAAAUCUCUUACCCAGUCCACACAUCCUAUUAAUAACACUUAUGAAGCUAAAAGGUAUGGAAACAAGGUUGAAAACGAACACUUAAUUAUUCAUUAAUUACGAAAUUUGGAUUUUUUUAUUUUGACGCGUUUCCGAGGAAGACAUCUGUUGAAAAUAAAGUGAUCAAGUGUGCUUCUCUCCACCGCCGCUGUUUUUUCCGAAUAUAAAUUUUUCAUCAGAAUCUCUUUAUUAUUUGCAUGUAAUUUACUUACUUGGGUUGUUGAUUACAUGAAGGAUGUGUAUCGCUAAGAACUGCUUUUGCGAGGAUUUAAAUUUGUGCGUUUUAAGUUCGCGCACCCAUAUUAAAUAUAUUUGCGCCGUCAUAAAAUGGAGUACAUUGUUGUCAUUGGACGUUACACAUCAACAGCUUCAUUUGCUGGUAUUAACACCUUGAAUAAUUUGACUUCUGUUUGAAUGUAAUGCGGACUGGGUUAUUGAGAAUUGACUUGUUUGUAACUUGUGAAUAUGUUCAAACAGGUAGUCAGUGUAAAUAGUACUGAGUGUACCCAGUGCAUAUAAAUUUUAAAUUGAACUUGUUUGAAGUUGAUUUGACAAAUGUUAUAAAAUUGACUUUGAUCAUAAAUGUACUCUUGUUUUCAUGGGAGGGUCGAUUUUCAAAAAAUAAGUUAUUUCAGCUCGUUCACCAUCUUUCGUCGCAAUAGAUUUGUGGAUUUAUGCACCUUUGAACUCAUCGUAGUUAACGCACACACACACUUGUUGUGUGUCUUUGUUUUACCUUCUUUAUUUAUAUUACAGAAUAUCCAAAAUAAAGUUGACUUAUAUAGAAAAAAAAAAAUUUUGGAUCUUUUUAUGUUAAAAAUUAUUCACAUUUUUAAAAUAUGCACAUCAAGCAAUCUCGACCCGAGGUGUCUUUUUGACACGGGGACGUAUUGCCGUCCCGAAUGUCAGAAAGAUACAAGAUACCCUGGGUAAGAGGUUGCACAUCCAGGGGCGGACAAAAAAAUAACGUUACGCUAAUUCAAAUACACUGAGGUAGCAGUAAGUUUACCAUCCUCUACGAUGGAGCUCAUCUGUGAGUUUAAAUGGAGGAUCUCUAUGAUUGCUAUCCUGUGAAAACAAAAGAAAUUGAAGAAAGAACAUGAGAUAAUUUCAACACAAAGAACGAUAAGAACUUUCUUUUCAGUAUAUGAUCAAUCCGAUAUUGGGAAAAAAAGACGAACACCCCUAUGUAGGGUCUGAAUUUUUUGAUACGAAACGCAGACGAAGAUGACGAAGAAACUUCAAAAUGGCGCAUAUGUUGAUCGACGACUGUUUCAGUCCAGCACAUGCUUCGCACGAUAAAAAACGCACGACUCGAUUCUACGGUAUUAAGUUUAUCGAAUCGAAAAUGAACGAUAACAAGCAUUCUAAGUCACCAUCAUGUGGUCAAAUCACCUUGCUAAACCCACGACAAUACUUUCGUGAGGUGUAUGGUCCUUUCCUUUGUACAUUACUAGUAACAUCCGUUUUAACCAUAAUAUUAGGCGCAUCACUAGCUUUGGCAGGUUAUUAUGUACCUCGCUUAACAAUCGAGUCCUUGAUGGAAGAGAAAAUAACUGAAGAAGAAGCUAUAGUUACAGUUCUAGCCCAUGAUAAAACAAUCCACGGUUUACGUGUUGCCGGGGUGGUAUUGUUAACUGUCGGAUGUAUCGGUUUGUUGGUGCUUAUAUUGACUCCGCUGAUAUUUCUCCACCGCAGUGAUUAUCACGCUUUGCCUUCAAGUACUCCUACGUCGCAUGCUCGUGUUACCAACAAUAACAAAGCAUCUAAUAGAACGGAUCCUAAGUUACAUUACACGGUAAUCAAGCAACAUAUACAACCACGAAAGCAAUCUAGACCUUCCAAGAAGUUUCAUCACCAUCAUCGACCUAGUUAUGACCAAGGUUUCUUAUCUCCGGAGCUUAAUAGGGGUCCAAUUUUUGUUAGCGAUGAAACACGUAGAAUAGGCGAUCACAAACAGGGAAGAUUUGAUAUCGAUGUUAAGCUCAAAUCAGACAUGCUAGAGCGAGAUCGUUCCGCAAGUUACACAAAAGGCUUAGAGCCAGAUUUCACUAGAACUCCAGUAAAGGCAGGAAGUUUUCAUUGCUUGCAUUGAACUCAGUUUCUUCUCCAUGUAACAUCAUCUUUAUUCUCCACUUGAUAUUACCAGUUUGCUGUA